AUGUAAUCAUAAGGGUAGGCUCCAUUAUAAAUAGAACAUUAUAUAAUAGGUAAAACAUUGGGUGUAGGUGCAUUUGGAAAAGUGAAAUGUAAGAAUUAAUGACUAGAUUAGUGGCUAAACACAAUAUAACAAAUACAUAAGUGGCAAUUAAAAUUAUCAAUAAGAGGAAAAUGAAAAAUUCAAGAAUGGGUACUAAAAUAAGAAGAGAAAUAAGAUUACUUAGAUAUUUUAAUCAUCCUAAUGUAAUUAAAUUAUAUGAAGUAUUGGACACUCCUGGAGAUAUUUUUGUAGUUAUGGAAUAUGCAGAAAGAGGAGAGUUAUUUGAUUUGA